AUGGCAGCCAUCAAAAUGGACCACGAGGAACCUCGCAUCGUCGCCGCAGAGAAGCCGACAUGGUUCAAGAGUCCACUAGCGAUUGAUAGGCUUCGGCGCCCUUCCGAAUCACAGCCGCACCAUGACCUCUCCAAAGACUCCUUGUGUGCGUACUCGGACGGACAGGAUCGUUACAGCGGCUACCCUCCUUUCAAGCGAUACGAGGAGCCAACUUUGCUAGAAAUCUUUUACGAUCUGUUCUUCGCCGCCAACUACAACGUCUUUGCCCAGAGUCAAUCUGUCACCAAUCACCGACGCUUUAAGGCCUAUGUAGGCUACUUUAGCUUGAUCUGGGGCACUUGGUUCGUCGUCACGCUGUACGACGUGCGCUAUGUUACGGAUAGUAUAUUUGAGCGUGUAGCACGAGCUGUGCAGCUCGGCGUGCUUAUCGGUUUCACUGUGGUUGCGCCGAAUUUCGAUCCCGAGAAUCAGGACGAGGCAACCAUGAUGACAAUGUCCCUCAUGUUGUUCGCCUCUCGCAUCUGCCUCGCAAUCGAAUACGCACACACACUUAUCCAGAUCUACAAGUACAAGCGUGCACGACGACCUCUUUACCUCCAAAUCGCCAUCAACGUCAUCAGCGCGGCUGUGUACCUUGGGAUUACAUUCCGCUUCGACGGGAAGCAAAGCCGUGUUUACAUCACAUGGUAUAUCUUCACAGCUGGAGAGGCCGUCGUGAGCCUUGUACUCUCUAAUUAUUGGAAGACACUGAGCUUUACGCGCACACAUUUGAUGAAGCGGCUCAGCCUUAUCACAGUCAUGAUUCUGGGCGAGAGCAUUCAGAGCGUGGCACAGAACAUUGCCACGAUUGUGAACACACCCACAGCAUGGAAUUCUUUCACCAUUGGUAUGAUUACAUCUGCCACAGCCACAAUCUACUGUGUGUUUCUAGUUUAUUUUGACUGGAUGCGGCAUGUUCAACUGCCUGCCAUACGACAGCAGAUCUGGACAGCCCUACACUACCCAUUCCACCUGGCUUUGGUACUCUUCAUGCGAGGCUUCACUCAGCUUAUUCUCUUCGUCAAGGCGUUUGAUAUCUUCAAAAUGAUUAGCGGUGACUGGCUGUUUGACCUGGGCAAUUUUGUGGAUGAUCUCGACGUCAACGGCGACAAAUAUGGCAAUUCGACGAGCAAAGUGUUCGCCGCUAUUCUUGCCAACAGGACGGGCCAGGUCUUCGAAUGGUUCCCACCACAGGAUCCGCUGCCACGCUCCGUCGUGAAUAACUCAAUUGCGAAUAUCUCAGCGAUUCCAGAGGCAAUGUGGGCAAGCCUUUCGUCCUUGGCAACCAAUGCUAGUGCGGUACUAGACGAUCCCAUGGUCAAUAACUACUCCAACUUCAUAUCGCAACUCAUAAUUAUACUCACGACACUGUCCAACACGGUCUUUCAGUCGUUCAAGAUUGACGUCAGCACAGAGAUCAAGUCAAAACAUCCCGGCGACAGCAAUCCCUUCAGACAAGCCGAAGAGCAGGUCGAAGUCGACGAUAAAACGAGACAGCGCGCUCGCCUCAUAUUUGCCUACACAUAUGUCGCCUGCGGAUGCACGCUACUCCUGCUCGUCAUGAUGGCGCUUGUAUCGCGCAUGGCGCCUCUCGGCCGGCUUCCGCGCUUGCGUUUCGUCAUCUGCACCCUUUUCGGCGUCGGCAUCGCCCUGACCGCUGUCAUCUUUUACGCUCCUGACAAGGCUGAUACCUUCCUCGACAGCGCCUGGCCCAUACCGACGGUGCUCUUUGGCUGGUUGGUUGUCACUGCCCUCGUUCAUAUCCGCGGCAGCGGCGGCGGCUGGGGCAGAGUGAUGCUCGAUAGGAUGCGCAACGUCGCGAGCUUGUUCCGACCGAGGAGGCAGGGCAGAAGAAAUCCUCCGCGGGAUGACGAUGAUAGCCAGAAAGUGGCGCUGCGGCUCUGGCCACCGACGCGGGAGAACACGGACGCCUCGGGCACAGAGACGUUGCGAAGCGCUGAAGGCACGAACUGGGAGCGACGGGCGUCGUAUCGAGACGUGUCACCAAAGGCAACGCCUCGGUCAGACUCGCCAGAUUCUAGGCUUUGUGAUGCAGACCGCGAUCAUCGAAAAGCUGACAGCAGCUAUCAGGUCUAG